AACAACUUCAAAUAAUUUUCCUGGUUGUGAACUUUUACAAGCUUGCACCCAAUGACCAGUUUUUGAACACUUGUUACACUUGGAGAACUUUGCAGGACGUGUUUUCUUUGGGUGCAAAUUUCCAAAGCACCUUGGCACUUUUGAUCAGGAUUUUUCUCUUUGGAGCUGUUGGGAGGUUUCUCUUUAGACUUGUCUUGUGAUUUUCCUUUUGCGAUGCCAUCAGCGUGCGCUGGAGUAGAAUUGAAUCUGCCGUCAAGAAUGUUUUGUUGUUGUUUCACUGUCUCUCUUUGUCUCACUAAAUUUGUAGCUUUUUCCAGGGUGAGAUUCGGAUCUAGUUGAAGUUUUCCCGAAAUUUUGGGGUUUUGUAAUCCCACAACAAUAUGGUGUGAAUGAGCUGUUCUUUUUAACGCACCAAAAUUGCAGUACCUUGCCAGGCCAUACAUAUCUGUGAUAAUACUAUCCAUUGAUUCUCCCGUUUGUUGACUUUUUGAGUUGAAUUUUGCUCUUUCAAAGAUGACAUUUUCUUUUUAUGAUGAAGUGAUUUUCGAAUUAUUUUGUCCUUCAUUUCUUCAAAAUUCUUCUCCUGUUCGACGGCGUUGAAUUAGAAUGAGGUGAAUAUAUCGUCGGCUUGUUCACCCAUUGUGUGAAAAUUAAUAUUUUUACUUGAUUUUCACAGGUUUUUUUAUCAAGCCCAGUAGCUUUGUGAAAUCUCUCAAACCUUUGAAUCCACUGUGGCCACUAUUCCGGUUUGAAAGAAAAUUUCUCCGGUGGAGUUUAAUACCGGAAAAUUAGGAACCUGUUGGAAGUUUGGCUGGACAACUUGCGGUUCUGCUAUCACAGGUUGUUCUCCCGCGCCCACCAAUAUGCUGGGAGGAUUUUCUUGGUUUUUGGCUUUGUGGUCUGUUAUUUCCGCGCUGUUUUGCUAGUUCAUCCCUGGCUACCCAGAACUUGCCAAGGCUGUUCAUUCAAAGGCACAAUAACAUAGCAUCAGAGAUCCACUGGAAGGUGUGCCAGAACUAUAACUUUUUAUAAAAUAACUAAGAUAGUACGUGCACUCUGAUUGGCUGAGAGGAGUGUUUGCAUGAGAGUAUGUAAACAUGGUUGUGGCGUCAAGUUGUUUGGCUUUUCGCGCGCUAAUCACGCAAGCGCGAAUUUGAAAAAGUUUUCGAGUUCAAAACUCGACAAGUUUAGUUCAUUUACCCAUUCCUUUGUCGGCUGAAACAUGUAAAAUCGUUGCAAAGAAGGCGAGUCAAUUNAAUCAUCAGUUGUCAGUCCACACAAUCUUGAUAAAAGAUAUAAUCUCGCUGCAACAGAUCUAGUCAGGAGUGGUCGUGCUAAGCUUUCUACAACAUACACAGUUUCCUAUAUUGAAGUUUGGUUGUAAGCGAGAGUAACUGUGAAUUUUCCCUUACAGUUCAUCCUAAAAUUGCAUGGACCCAGAAGCACUUUAUCAGUAGGCUUAAGCUGUACUGUAUCUGCAGAUCAUUGUUAAGGAAGGUGUUGUAUGGGAAGACAGUUACAUCUGCAACACUGUCAAGCUUGAAGUUAACUGUUUUCCACAAGAGUGGGUGCAGUCCAUAGUAACUUUGUGGGGUUGCUUUGGACUUCACUAACAUGCACGAUUUCUCCUAGGAGGAAAGAUUCUUCUUCAACAACUUCAAAUAAUUUUCCUGGUUGUGAACUUUUACAAGCUUGCACCCAAUGACCAGUUUUUGAACACUUGUUACACUUGGAGAACUUUGCAGGACGUGUUUUCUUUGGGUGCAAAUUUCCAAAGCACCUUGGCACUUUUGAUCAGGAUUUUUCUCUUUGGAGCUGUUGGGAGGUUUCUCUUUAGACUUGUCUUGUGAUUUUCCUUUUGCGAUGCCAUCAGCGUGCGCUGGAGUAGAAUUGAAUCUGCCGUCAAGAAUGUUUUGUUGUUGUUUCACUGUCUCUCUUUGUCUCACUAAAUUUGUAGCUUUUUCCAGGGUGAGAUUCGGAUCUAGUUGAAGUUUUCCCGAAAUUUUGGGGUUUUGUAAUCCCACAACAAUAUGGUGUGAAUGAGCUGUUCUUUUUAACGCACCAAAAUUGCAGUACCUUGCCAGGCCAUACAUAUCUGUGAUAAUACUAUCCAUUGAUUCUCCCGUUUGUUGACUUUUUGAGUUGAAUUUUGCUCUUUCAAAGAUGACAUUUUCUUUUUAUGAUGAAGUGAUUUUCGAAUUAUUUUGUCCUUCAUUUCUUCAAAAUUCUUCUCCUGUUCGACGGCGUUGAAUUAGAAUGAGGUGAAUAUAUCGUCGGCUUGUUCACCCAUUGUGUGAAAAUUAAUAUUUUUACUUGAUUUUCACAGGUUUUUUUAUCAAGCCCAGUAGCUUUGUGAAAUCUCUCAAACCUUUGAAUCCACUGUGGCCACUAUUCCGGUUUGAAAGAAAAUUUCUCCGGUGGAGUUUAAUACCGGAAAAUUAGGAACCUGUUGGAAGUUUGGCUGGACAACUUGCGGUUCUGCUAUCACAGGUUGUUCUCCCGCGCCCACCAAUAUGCUGGGAGGAUUUUCUUGGUUUUUGGCUUUGUGGUCUGUUAUUUCCGCGCUGUUUUGCUAGUUCAUCCCUGGCUACCCAGAACUUGCCAAGGCUGUUCAUUCAAAGGCACAAUAACAUAGCAUCAGAGAUCCACUGGAAGGUGUGCCAGAACUAUAAUUUUUUAUAAAAUAACUAAGAUGGUACAUGCGCUCUGAUUGGCUGAGAGGAGUGUUUGCAUGAGAGUAUGUAAACAUGGUUGUGGCGUCAAGUUGUUUGGCUUUUCGCGCGCUAAUCACGCAAGCGCGAAUUUGAAAAAGUUUUCGAGUUCAAAACUCGACAAGUUUAGUUCAUUUACCCAUUCCUUUGUCGGCUGAAACAUGUAAAAUCGUUGCAAAGAAGGCGAGUCAAUUUUUCUUCGCUUAAGUUGACAUUUUAAGCGAGAAAUAUCCGUAUUUUGCACAGCAUCUUUUUGCAAAACAAGAACUGAUUACGCGUUCAAGACUUUGUAGACAAGAUUUUGCGACUGGUAAGAAUUUCUCUUUUAAUCAGUGCCAUACAAAGAGUUUUGCGUUUUUUUCUCGGGAAAGUUAUUGUAUAAAAGCAAUAGAAAACUUUUUUCCUGUGUUUGCAUAGCCUGAUAUAAACACUCGAGGCGUUGGGAGAAUUCUCGACGGUUAUGCAAACCCUCGACUUCGUCUCGGGUUUGCAUAACUGUCCCGAAUUCUCCCAACUCCUCUCGUGUUUAUAUCAGGCUAUGCAAACACAGAAAACGUUUUCUAUUUCUUAAAUAACAGCUGUUGUAGAAAAUGAAGAGUCAAUGAUUUUGUGUAAUAUGCCAGUUCACACUGAUAGAGAAAUACACAUGUGGUGGCUAAUAAACCAGACAAAAAAUAAUCGUAAGUGAUGUGAAUAAGAAAUACCAGAUUAUACUGUAGAAAAUGGUGCUCUUUCCAGGGGAGUUGACAGAUUUUGCCUAACUUGCCAAAACAAAAAGUUGACAAAAACCAUGGAAAAGUAUAUUUAAAGUGAACUCUUUGUUAUCAAAUGUCCAUGCUUUCGACCCAGUGCAUCAGUGAUUAAACAAACAAGCCAAGGAUUAUAAAUGAUGAUGAUGAUGAUGUUGAUGAUGAUGUUGAUGAUGAUAAUGAUAUAUUUUUUUUAUUUGUAUAUUUAUAGUCUUAUUCAACUUUGAAAAAAAAAUGUACUUAAUUUACAGAAAUAUUUGAAGUAAGAAUUAAGCGCUAUAUAGCAUUAAGAAUUAUAUAAAUCAUAAAAAUAGCAAUCACUGUGUCAAUAACGAUUUCGCAAAUACAUGUACAUUCCUUGCAGCUCAGAUGCGGUCAAUAACUCUUGCAGGCAAACAGGCAUCAGGGGCUUUGUUAGCGCCAUGAUUUAAUGGUGCUAAUUAAUUUUUGAUGAUAAUAAUAAUAAUAAUAGUAAUAAUAUUAAUAAUAAUAAAAUAAUAUUAAUCAUUUUUUAUUCCUAGGUCUGCAGUUUAAGACAGAACAAGGCCAGCAUAUUUUAAAGAACCCUCUUAUCAUAACCAGUCUUGUAGAGAAGGUUUGUUUCAAUACUUUCAUUUUAAAUCAAGCUGUUGGCCUACCUGUACUUGUACCAUUCUUGAGCAGCUUUUAAAUAUCUUAGAGAUCAAUCUUCAUGUUUCAGAGCUGUCACUAAGAUUUCAGUUUGCUGGAUGUGAAAUUAGUAGGCUUGGAAUUGAACAGCUAGGAAGUUCUUUUGGCUCUGUUUGUCCAUUAAUUUUGUUUUCUAUGAAAGAAUCUGGGGGUCAUGCUCACAUUGGCCAUCAACUGAGGGGAAAUCCCCGGGCCCCCAGCCCUUAGUGACAGCCCUGUGUUCUAUUCUGACAUCAUUAAUUUUUGUUGAGUACAAAGUAUUCCACAAAAUAAUGUAAGAAUAAAACAUACAUGUAGGGCUGCAGACUGCUUCAUGGAACUGUUUACAUAUGACUCUUUUUUUUUUAUUACAGGCAGGUUUACGUUCUACAGAUACUGUUUUGGAAAUUGGUCCUGGGACAGGGAAUUUAACAGUGAAAUUAUUAGAGCAAGUAAAACAGGCAAGAUUGUUAAUAGCAUUAUUUUGACUUUUCAGGUUUGAAUAUUGUAGCAACCUACAUGUAAUUCAUAACUAAGAUACAAGAACAAUGUACUGUUAAGUUGAAGUUUAGAACUGCUUAUUUCAUAGAAAUUUUGCUUUUUUGUUUUCUUCUUUUGCCACUAUUUGGAGUGAAAGGCUGUUUUUUUUUUUGAGAAUUGAAUCUGUUUUGUUCAAUUUAAUGCUAAUUUUAGAUUUCUUGUUUGCGUUCUUGUUUCAUGUUAAAUCAAGAUAAUUAUUAUUCAUACCUUGAAUAAGCUGUCUGUAAAAACACCUUGCCAGAAGUGAUGUUUUUCUUUUAAUACAGUGAAGCAUGUAUAAGGUGGACGCCAAAUUAAGUGGACAGUAGCCAAAGUCCCCAAAUUUACUUGAAUUUCUAUAUUUUUAUUUAAUUUAAUCUGUAAAUGAAACCUUAUUAAGCAGAUGUGGACAGUUUAAAAGUGGAUGUAAUGGUUAUUUCUAUUGUUACAAACCUGUAUUAAAGGUACACUUCCACCAUCCAACCUGCCAAACACAUGAGGCCAGUUAUUUAAAUGGCGCUGUUUCGCCAGUGUUCAACAAAACUGCAUUUUAAGCCAUUGUCCAUUAAUUUUGCCGAACAUUUUUUUUUAUGUAAAGGCCAUUUAUCGGGAACAGUUUUAUGAAAGAAUUUGGGGUAGACUAGAAUUUGCAUUUUUCGUCUUAAAAUAUCCCACUAAAGAAUAGAUUUGGAGGUCCAAAGAUUUCCUAAACCACAGUCUAAUUUAGACUUCAUUAAAUAACCCACCCAUAAAAUUUUAAGAUUUCCACUCACAAAUUUGUCAAUAGUAAGGAGGUACUUGACAAACGAUGUAAUAAUUUGCAUUAAAACAUACACGUGAUGUUAUUAUUGUUAACACUGUCAAAUACUCAAGGAGAAUGAAACAUUAUAUACACGUACACAUUCACAAAACUUUAAAGGCUAGUGUACAGUAAAACAAUGCUUUGUUGGUGAGUUUAUCUUUUCAACAGUUACAAGGAAGGCACUGAGUGACAAUGUCAUGCGUGCUCACAUUAACCUGUUGACCAGUUUACAGUACUAUUAUCUCAUUUCAUUUCAUUUGUUUGUAUAGAGCUUAUUUUACUCAUUUUAUCUCUUAAAUUUUGAGGUGCAAUCUCCAUUUAGUAUUUUGUAUAUUUAUUGGGCCACUGAAAUAAAGAAAUUAGUGUAAACAUAGUUAUAAUAUAUGUUAUUAAAAUUAUUAUUGUCACUCACUGUGGGAGUAUUCCAAAUGUUUUCAUUGUUCAUUUGAAUGUUAUUUGCUACUCAUAUAGUAUUCUCUAUCAAAACCUGUAUAAGGUGGACACCUGUAUUAAGUGGACACCAGAGCAAUCCCUGAGGGUGUCUUCUGAGGUUUUGCUGUAUUAUUCAGAUCAUUAAAGAUACAGUGUGAUCAUUAUCUAUUAGGUUAUUGCUUGUGAAGUUGAUCCUCGGAUGGUCGCUGAGCUGCAGAAGAGAGUUCAAGGAACGUAAGUGAAUUCCUUAAACAUUAUUUUACUAGAUAACAUCACAAUACUGCUCCUGUUAAGUUCUCUUGUUUUCAGCAAACUUUAUUAUUGCCUUAUUAUUAUCUGUCUGGUCAAAUACCCUUAAGUGCAACAUAAGAAACUACAGUUUUCCCAGAACUUUGCAGCACGAAUUGUACUUAGUCUCAAAAAAGUUUGAUCACACUUCACAGGGAAUAAAUCCUUAAGCUGGCUACCUGUUAGUGACAAAGUUUACUUGAACAACGCUGUAAUGAGGUUUAAUUGUACAUGUAUAAUCAAUCUUGUUCCUUAUUAGUUGGCCGAGAAAUUUAGCUGACCAAGUCAAAUUUGCAUGAGAAGUACGAGACAGAAUAGUCAGCUGAACAUUUCGAGAUGCCAUGGAGCUGUUGGUCAGCGAUCCUUCUAUUACCCAGGGGCAAACCUUUGAAAUGGCAUGAGUGAUACUGUUAAAUCAACUGACCCAGUUAACAUCUUUACUGUCAAACGCAGAAAGCCGUGAAUGGCUGAAAAAUUUCAGGAAAGUUAAUUGUGUAGUGACCAAUCACAAUGAAGUUCAAGACAUGUGAGCAAACCACAAAACCACAAACUAACUAUUCUUGCUGUUUGUGGUUUAGGCUUCUCAUGCCUUACUGGCUUUCUCUUCGCAACACAAAAACAUUCCAUGAAUAUUUCUGGUGUUCACGGUUUUGUGAGUUUCACAGUAAUUCUUACAUUUGUUAUAUUGGUUUUGUUUUUCACAAUACGCAGUGGACCUUUUUAUUGGACCAAUUUGCUAGGUGUUAUUGUGAGCAAACCACAAAACCACAAACUAACUAUUCUUGCUGUUUGUGGUUUAGGCUUCUCAUGCCUUACUGGCUUUCUCUUCGCAACACAAAAACAUUCCAUGAAUAUUUCUGGUGUUCACGGUUUUGUGAGUUUCACAGUAAAAGGUGACUUGUAAAACCACAGGUAGCCCAAGCUGAAAAUAUGAGCAUCGGCGAGCAUCGGCAUUGUUGCGUAACAUUCAAAAUAUAAGGAUUUGUAUAAGAAAAAAAAACCUACAUGUAUCACGUCUGUAACCUACGAAAAUGAAAGGAUUUCAAUAAAAAACAGCUUACCUUACUUAAAAUGUGUGUUACGUCUCUCCUGUGUGGUCCACGGGCCGAUUUAUGGCCGUUUUAUGGGUUUUUAUGUAAACGUUUUCUCUCUAUAUAAAGGCUUAAUAUAUAGAGAGAGAAAACCGUUUUUUCUUUGUUAUUUUAGCAUCUAACAUGACUUUGUUCUGCCAUAGACCUCAGGCAAGCAAACUCCAUGUAAUGGUUGGUGAUGUACUCAGGACAGAUUUGCCAUAUUUUGAUGUGUGUGUAGCAAAUCUCCCUUAUCAGGUAAGGAGUGAUUUAUUUAUAAUACAUCUACAGGCAUAGACAAAACAUACCACUUGUAUCUCAGUAUAAGUCUGUUUAUGAUGUCAACACCCUCCAGACCUACAAGAGUGUUUGUAUCAAGUGCCACACUUGUCGUGUUAGUUAUUAAGCAAGAUAAAAGAAGCCAAGCAUAACACUUUUGAAAUGUUUGAGACAUCUAACUCAAUAAAACUGAAAACCAUGUUCACGUUCAAAUGAUUAUAAGCUUUUUCAUUGAGUCGGAGGCACAUGUUGAGAUGUACAGUCGACUCCCAGGCAAUAACUCGAACCUUCAAGGGAAAUUGAACAGAGCUUUGAGGUAUCAGGAAUUUUAGUUAUCGGGAACUUAAAGCAAAUGGCCGGACAUAAGGAAAAAAAACAGUUUUAACUGUACGGUGAACAUAUUAAUCACAUUGAAUAUAAUUGUAGAAAUGUCAAGUGAAAAUGGAGUGAUGCAUCUAGAUUAUAAAUCAGAACGACAAAACAGAGCCUAAAUAGCCUAAAUAGUGCAUGCAUUUUACUGUUAGCGCGGGGUUGGAGUUGGCAAGACUGCGACUCAUCGGUAGUCAACUGUGGUCGAUAGCUGAAAUGUAAUAAGCUUAAGCUAUUUAUACAACAGUUAAAUUUUAUUGUGCUGUAAGAAAAAAACUGAGCAAGAACGUUGUUUGUUUAUUGCUUGUGUGAGUACGAACUUUUCCAUGGCAUUCAAAAACUUGUCAACCCCCAAAAGGCAAAAACAAAUGAGAUUCUGAACCUAGAGCUAGAAAAAGUAGUGAGAAAUGGGUAUAAAGUAGUGAGAUGUCCCAAAUUUCCAAGUGGAAGGACUUCCAGCGGGGAUUAUGGGUUAAAGCUGGAGCUGUAAACAUCACAAUCAAUUUUACGAUGUAGGUUUUGUAAUUUCUACGUUUUGCUGGCGGCCAUCUUGAAACAUGAGAAACAGUAAGUCUGCGCAUUUGGUGGCAGCGGCAAGUCGCGGUAGGCUAAAAGAAUGUAAUCAAACGUGACUGCGAAAGGUUCUCCUUGGAUUGAGUUGGCUAUCUAUCGAUACCUAACUUGGACACGAACCCUACAGCGCCAAAAUUUUUUUCUGAGUUGGAAUUUUCGAGAAAGUGUGAGAGAUCAGUUGCCAACUCAUGAGAACGUGAGAUACGUCGUGAGACUUAGCAAGUCUGCAUCACUGAUAAUUCAGGCUUUCACUUUCUUACCUUUAUGAUUUUCCUGAAAAGUAGGCAGCUCGAAACUUGAAGUAGCCAGCCAGUUCUUUAGUUAAUUGUCGGCACUUAAUAAUUGUAUUUUAGUAUAAAACCUGCAGCCAAGGGUUUCUCGCAAACACUUAGUGUCUUGGUGUUAAGAAAAAUGAUUUCCUUUAUUCAAAAUACCACUAAUUUUGUUGUUAUCAUGUUCUUGUGUUCACAGAUUUCAUCCCCAUUUGUUUUCAAGCUUCUUCUUCAUAGACCUUUCUUCAGGUAAUGGCUGUUUAUUGGUUUGUACCGUUUUACCAGGCCCUUGCUAACAGAUUACAGUAAUGAGGCACUAUUGAUGACUGUUUCAUUGAAUCCUUGAAUGGAUCGACUCAAGUUUCCUCAUAGGCCCCAAUUGGUCAUGGUGGUCUGUCUUUCUUAGUUGAUUCUUAGGCAGAGGUAUUCACGCUUUAGUUGUCACGAUACUAAGGUCUUAAAAUUGUGUUCUCAAACUCAGUAAUAAAAAUAUAUAUUAUUCAUGAAUUGUCACCCAACCAGAACGCCUCUUUCUGGUCAGGUGGAUGAGUUUAGAAACCCAAUGAAAAACGAGUUGAAGACCAUACCUGUUCAGAAACGAUUUCAAACCCAUGUGUAAAAUGUUUCUUAAUCUGCAUAUUCAUACAGCAAGAGCAACGUAUGAAGAUGAAAAACUUAAUUUAAUCAUAGAGUUGCAAUACACUUUAGAGGAAGCUUAUUUACUGCUACCUUUGAGUGUAACCUUAUCAACGCAUCAAAAUGAAUAAUGACAAAUGCCAUAUAAAGCAACACCACUGCGUCUUUUGCCCAAAGCAUCGAGAGGAUUAAAAUCCUACUUCUCAUUCUUUCUCACGAUGAAACGGCGUAUUCCGCACACAAUAUGGUGUAACGUUUUGGCUGGAUAUCUUUCCUUUGAUGGUUUGGCAACUUCUUAAAUAAAUGAAGGCUUAAAGCAUCUUUUUUAACUAACGAAACUUCCAAGGACUCAGCUUUGUGCAGAUCAUAAUGUUUGAAGAGACCACCCGGUUUCAACGUUGCAACUUUACGAAAUCGAGCUCUUCGCCAAUCAUCAAAAAUCCCAGCCGCCCUUUUUGUUUUAUAUCGGGUAGACAUACGUAUAACGCUGGCCACACACGUUUCUUCUUCUUCGCAAGUCUUAGGACAUCCAAAUCUGCACUCUACCAUGUGUAUUGUGAAGCAACGUGUCUGCUCAGAAGUCACAAACAGCAUUGAAUGCAAAUGAAAUAAUGUAAUCACACACCAGUGGGUACCAAGUAGGUUACAGGUUCACAACUCAAAUAAAAUGUGUUUGAAUUAAGAAAAAGUAUUAAAAUGAUAAUUUCUACUAAUUUUCUUCGUUGGAGAAGUAAUUUCCAGGAACUCGAAAACAAUAAUGAAAUCACUCGGCCUGCGGCGUCGUGGUUUCAAAUGUUUUAUGGCGUUUGGUAACCUGAUGUAACCAUCCCACUCGUUUUUGAAAUAGUACUCAAAUCUCAGCUUUUGCUCAUGACAUUCACAAACAGCAAUUAUAACAUCACUAUAGUAGAAUAUUUUCCUAACCAAAUUAAAUAAGGUGAGUUGCUUCAUAUCUCCUUGUGCACGCUGAUGACAUCAACCAAAAAAAACUGUUGCUUGUGUUUGUGAGCCCUUAAGCAAUCCUCCUAUUAAUUGUGUUUGUAACUCUGAUCAAUACACACUGAACUGUCUACCAUGUUAUCUAUAACAUAACCUAAAGAGAAAAACUUGAAUUUGCUAAGGCCUGCUAACAGAAUAGGGAAAUGAGAUGAGUGUUGUAGUUCUGCAAAUCAUUCUCCACUUUUCUGCCUUGAUGUUUUCUUGAAACUUAUCCAUUUCAGCUUUCUUCCGGUGUGUUUUUUCCUUUGUUCCUUCAGCCACUUUCUCUGAACCCUCGUGCGAAUUACACGAUGGGUCUGGAUGCUUAAAGAUUAGACUUGCCCCCAGGUCCUCUGCGAAUUUAUGUGCUUCAGCAAUUAGCAAUGAAGGUCAUUUCUUGGCCACUUUCUCUUCAACCUUUUAGCGGCCAUCAUGGAGGGGUCUAGGUUCUGAUACAGUUUUACUUAAUUUUUGUGAGUUUCAAUUCCUGCUCAACUGAUCGCAACCCCUGCCCUCCCUUGUCCAUGGUUCGUACAAUCUUGAAAAGGUCUUGAAUUUUAGUAGUCGUCUUGAAAAUCCUUGAAUUCGGUUAAAGUCCUUGAAAAGUAAUUAAUUUCUUUAAUAAAUAUUAGGUAUUAAAAAGUCCUCGAAAUUCACUACCUUGUCUACGCCCGACACAAUUUUGUGUAAAAUUAGAUUUUUUUGCCGCUGAAAAGUUGGCUCAUCCUUGGUGUAAGAAGCUGUAAAACUCACUGAUAACGUAAAAACAUUUUUGUGCAUAAACAAUAUUUUAUUUCUGCUCCGUUAUUUCGAAUGCUAUUUCUGUACCUCAGAUGCAAUUGCAAGUCAUUUUGCAAAGUGUUGUUGCGUAAAGUAUAAAAUAACGUGAUCAACCAUGGCAGAAGAAGUUAAAAUCGUAAAUGACUCCAUGACGUGUUUUAGCCAUGCAUGAGGUGUUCAAAAGGGGGUUAAAGAAUGCCGAUUUAUUAAAUAAAUCUUAGUCGUUGAAAACUAUUAUUUGUCCUUGAAAAAAUCCUUGAGAAGUAGUUGAAAUUUGUAUGUCUGAAGUUGUACAAACCAUGCUGGUCUCUUGACAGGUGCAAUUCAACCGUCGAGCUGAGUGGGUGUUUGCCUCCACUCUCAUGAAUGAUCUUUUUCACCUCUCUGUACAUUGAUCUAAGCUCAGUGAUGGGCCAGUGCUGGGUCAACAUCAAGUAGGUAAAUAAAGCACGGGAAGAGGAAACUGGUUAGGAGUUUUAACACGGUUGACACCGGAAAUAGGACAACUGCAAACUACCGACAUCCCUUAGAUAAGCCUUUGCCGCAAGCUCAGGAGUCUGCUUUUCAUCCUGCAACACAGUCUUUCACAUACUCCUUGAAACUUGUAGGUAGAAAUCGCCUUCAAACUUGUCAACAACUGCCAUUUGAUCCUGCCUGAGAUCUGUUGUGUGAUGCACUAGUGAUUCUCUCCUGACAUUUAUGACGUUGCACCUCUCGGGGUUCCAGUUUGGAGUAGGGAAAAUGAAUGAAAAUCGUCAGUCAGCGACUGCUUAAGCUCUGAGCUUUCCACAACCUUUGCAUCACUAACUCCUACUUCGAGACAAAACCUCAGCACAAAGUCUCUUGGAGACACUGGCAUUCAAGGCACUGGCACCAACUGGAUCUGAUUCUGGUUUGGCCACUGCGGGACAGAAAUGGGAGAAACAUUACUCCCACCUCUACUCCAGAGAGGACAUCGUGUUGCCCACAGCACUUUAUGCUAACGAAUGCCUACCAUUCAUGAAAGAGCUAGAUGCAGAACUGACCGUGGAGGAGCUCAGCAAGGCCAUAUACAGCUUAGCCUCUGGCAAGAAAUCAGGCAGUGAUGGCAUCCCCCCAGACCUCAUCAAGCACUGCAGGACCACCCUACUGCAGCCUUUACAUGAAAUUCUCUGUCAGUGCUGGAAAGAGGGAGCAGUACCACAGGACAUGACGGAUGCCAAGGUCGUCACUUUAUACAAAAACAAGGGUGAAGGAAUUGACUGCAACAACUACAUAGGCAUUUCCCUUCUCAGCGUCAUCGGUAAAACCUUUGCUUGAGUCCUUCUGAUCCGCUUGCAGAAGGUGGCUGAGCGCAUCUUCCCCGAAUCACAGUGUGGCUUCCGAGCCAAAGGUUCUAUAGUAGACAUGGUCUUUUCUCUCAAUCAACUCCAAGAGAAGUGCAGAGAGCAGCAGAUGCCACUAUAUGUUGCCUUCAUUGACCUUACCAUGGCCUUUGACCUUGUCAGUAGAGACGGCAUCUUCAAAGCACUCCGAAAGAUUAGGUCCCUCUAAAACUACACAGCUUGAUCGAAUCCUUCCUGUCCAACAUGAAGGGAACAGUGCAGUUCAACGGCAGUUCAUUUGAGCCUUUUGAAUUAUGCAGCGAUAUAAAACAAGGCUGCCUACUCUCCUCUGACCGUGGAACUUGGAGAAACACUCUCCACAAACAGCUAAAGCUGGGCGAGAUCGUAGAAAGUAUCCCACCACCAGACCUGAAACCACACACAGAAACGACCUCUUCGACAGACUGUCUCUCAGAUUUGCCUGUUUAAUCACAGGCGACACUGCUCAAGCCGAGCUGACAGCCUGGACGGAUCUACCUAUGGUCGAACCUGACCUAUGGGGGCCUAUUAAUGUAACCAUGUCCUGCAUUGCAGAGUUAGUAGAUCUUAAAACUGUGAUCAGCUUGGCUGCAGAUGAAGCAUACAGUUCUGUACACGUUGAGAUCGUCCAUAAACAGCAGGUGGGUUAUAUUGGUGCUUAUUGGUCUGAAUAACCUAUACCCUGAGUUGCAGAAAGAGACCUGGCAACUGGAUUUUAGUACAGCGCAGAGACGAGGACAGUAGGCGUCACCUUGAGGAAGACCCCUAUUGAAUCUAAUAGUAUGGGAGACCCCAUUUCUACCAUAGUGACAGCCACUAACUUGGUGUUCUAACUGGGGACUACUUGUCUUAUCACUCUACAAUACCAGUAGGGGAAGCGGUGGAAUUCCAUAAUAUUAGCCAUGGAAUCAUAAGCUUCCUUCACACCCACCCUGGCCGUACUCACGUUUGGCUUUCCUCUCUGACAGUUCAUGGUGACCAUUCUGUCAAUCAUUAGAUUAUCUGCAUCCUUCUUUGGCGCCUCUUUGACCACGCUCCAUCAAGUAAAACUCACCAAGAUGAUUGUCCAUGGGGUUCCAGGAGACAAGUUGUACAGAUAAAGCACUUAUGGGUGUUAUUUAGACAUGUUAUCGUUACUGGUUCUCAUUCAAGAACUCUCCUGGUUUAGGGAUGAGCCUGGUUUUACCCUCUGCGAACCAAGUGAGAUUAUCCAUGUUGCUCUCAGAGAUGGACAAGAAAGCUUGUGUUACACCCCAAUGGAGUACAUGUGCAAGCUUCCACCAGUAGGUUACUAGCGUGUUGGGUUCAGAAGCCAUUUCGCAUUCUUGUUACCAGUCCCACUCUUCUCCCACAGAUCCGCCCAGAAGCUGCACACCUGUUCAAUAGCCUCAAACAUACUACUGUCAUUGCUUUCUGUACUAGCACUAUUAGGUGUUUGGUACUUGGGGUACUUCUCUUCCCCAAUGUACAAUGCACUAAACUGCAUAAGCCUGUCUUGUGUCUUUUUCAUUUUGUCUUUUUUAUCAACAGAAUGAAAGUUGCAACUUACCAACCAUAAAUACCCAAAGGGUUUUCUUUUGGGGAAACUGAAUUUUGGUGCAUUAACUUCCCGGUGGUCCCGUUUAUGUUUUAAAGAGCUUUUUCAGAUGGCCAUGUUUUUGUUCUGGGAUCAAUUUUGCAGCUCGUAUUCUCACCUGGCUGAGAGUUAAUCAAAUUUUAUUUAGGCUCAUGGGAUCGCAAUUCUAGUUUAAUUUACUAUGCAAAUCCAUUAUUAUUAUUAUUAUUAUUAUUAUUAUUAUUAUUAUUAUUAUUGUUGUUAUUAUUAUUAUUAUUAUUAUUAUUACCGUUCUUGUUAUAAUAUUAUGUCCAGCUGUUUAUGUCUUUAGUUAAGAUGCUGCUCUAUUACAGCUGUAUGUACUGAUUAGCAGCUUCUCUUCUUUUCAAGUUUAUUUAUUUAUUUAUUUAUUACAAUCUAUGGAUUAAAAAACCAAAGGAUGAACUGUAAAGGAGUCCUAGACCCCAUAUAAAAACAGAUCACCUAAAAAUAUAUAGAAACACAAUAAAAUAAUAGUUUCAGAAAAUACAGAAAUCUAAAAGCUACGUAAAAAUAACUGAAAAAUUUCCUAACUCUAGACUUGAAAAUAUUUACAUUAAAGUUGGUUCAUUCAGCUCUGUGAGACUGACAUAAUGAAGUAACAUUACUUUUUUUGAAAAUGACUUUCAUUCUUAAAUGUGCAGGUGUGCAGUUCUUAUGUUCCAGAGAGAAUUUGCUCAGCGAUUAAUUGCUCAGCCUGGAGAUAAACUAUAUUGUCGCCUGUCAAUCAAUACUCAGCUGCUCUCCAGGAUCGACCACCUCAUGAAGGUACCUUCUAUUAAAUCAGUGCAAGAGAGGGUAAAGGACUCGAUAGUUCAUACCACAUAUUAACCCUAUAAUCCAUUUUAAUACUCGUAUGUUAUGUUAGAUCUAGAUAAGAAUUUUGAUUCCUGGGAGGAUUAGAGGGUAGCCAAUCAGAAGUCAUCGAUUUAUCGAUGUUGACAGCUGAACAGAUUUAUCCUCUCUAGAUCACAGAUUAAUUAAUAAGUACUGGUAAUGUUUUGUUUGUGUAUGUGCAUAAAUCUGGACGUCUCUCCAUGCAGUUAUAUACUAAAAACAUUCUUCUAGCAUCAUGCAAAAAAAAAAAAACAGUAGCAUACAUGUAAUUAUAUCAACUUUUUAGUACCAUAUGAUUGAAACUUGACAGGUUGGCAAAAAUAACUUCCGUCCUCCCCCAAAAGUUGAAUCCAGUGUGGUCAGAAUAGAACCCAAAAAUCCACCACCACCUGUUAAUUUUAAGGUAAGUUUUCAAAUUCCUACAAAUUUUGUGAUCAGUAGAGAAUUAGUAGCGUUAUCAUUCAGUAAGUUCUCUUUUCAUAGCCAAAUACAGUCUGUCUUGUAGACAUUUUUUUAAGAAAUCGUACGUGUGUAUUUGCUAUUAAAUAAAAGAAAAUAAAGCUUGAUGUAAUUGUCAUAUUUUGGGAAAAAUAUAAAAAGCCCUAGGCCGGGGUUAAAAAUACUCUAUGCAAUGCUUAAAAAAUGUGCCUACAUCUACUUCACUUUUCCGAUCACAUUUGUGAUUUCUGCCCCGCUAAUGUCAGUGUUCAACUCAUGUUUAAUUGUUCUGGAGCCUCUUACACGUAAAACUGCUGAACUGCUGGUUCAGUGAGAAAUCGUUCGGCUUAUCUGCCAUUCCCUCCAUAUGGUGAGACAGGGCUGAAGGAGCCAUGCUCGACUUCAAUAAUUCGCUGGUUGUAGUGUCGCUUCAUUGCUCGAGAAGGCCUUGUCAAUAAAGCUUGAUUGCAUUGUGUAAGUUGCUCUGAUCAUCUAGCUCAGACCACAAGCAGGUAUUCCUGUGUUCAACUGGUUUUUUAUUCUGCUUAGUUCAACUGGGUUUCCUUUUGACAGAUUUUUUUAAACCUUGUCUUGUUUUGUAAGUAGUUGAUAAAAUGUGCUUAAGUCUCUUUGUAUUCCUCUGCUGGUCCAUCCCAUUUUAAGACUGGGUCAUUUCCCAAACAAUAGGUGUAAUUUGUUAACUCCAGUAUCUUUGAAAUUCUCUGGGAAAAAUAGAAAGGGACAAAAUGAAACUCAAAAUCGUGGUCCCAGAAUAUGAAAAAAGUGUGAUCUUCGUGUAUGGCAACAUCACUCAAAGUCUAUCAAGAUUUUUAAAGAGCAACUAUCAUCACAUGACAAAUCAUAAAAGGAACAUACAGGAUAAAUAUGAUGGUUUGAUCUUGUCUUCAAUCUACGUGUUGUAAUGACAGCAGGAUUUUUCUCGAAAAGAUGUGCCUACCUUACUUCUAUAAAUUGAUUUUACACAUUUCCAUCCUAUAAUACAAAUCCGAUCGGUUAGUACCGUUACAAUAUGACAAUAACAAUUUUUUUUUACCAAUUUUCUUUACGUUUGCAGGGUACAAAGAAAGUCAAUUGAACACUGAACAAGAAAGACAUUUUCAUAAACAAACGGUUUGUUUAUAAAAAUGUCUUUCUUGUACAGGGUUUUUUAGGAGAUGAUGAUAAUAUACUUUCAGUCUUAACUAGAGUCUUUUUGGGAGAAAUACCAACUAGCGCGGAAUUUCUUUCUUUACUGUACAUGCAGACCACCUAAGCACUGAAUUUUGUUUGAAUUGUUACUUGAUAUUUAUUCUUUUAGCUUAACACUUCUAACUUUUGUUAUUUAAAUGAUAAUAAUAACGAUGAUAAUAAUAACAACCUGUUGCAGAAAAGGAACAGGCAGCAAUUUUGUGGAAUAUGUCAAUUCACACCGAUAGAGAAACUAGUGGCUAAUAAACCAGAUAUCAUAGUCACUGAUCAAGUAAACAAGAAACGGACCGACAUACAUCCGUUAAGGCAGUCGAGAAACUGUCUAAGUGAAAAGACCUAGAGAUUGAAGUAGCCAGAAUGUGGAAAAUAAAAAUAGAGAUGAUACCAGUUGUUGUUUUUUGAGCUUAGGGCCAUUCAAAAACGGUUGGAAAAGUACGUUACAAAAUUCCAGGCACAGCAAGCAUCAACGAGCAAAAAAUUACUCUUAUGGGAACAGCUCAUAUCCUUUGAAGGGUUCUGUCAAUUAAGUGAACUCUUUGGUUCCCAAGGUCCGUGGUUUGGACCCGGUGCUUCAGGGAUUUUAAUCCCUUGCUUGGCCACAAUUACAAAUGACUAUUAUGAUUAUUAAGUAAUAAUAGUAAUAAUAAUAAUUAAAUAAUAAUAACAAUAAUAAUAAUAAUCAGUCUGUUUACCUUUGACAGGAAUGGGAUGGUCUUGUGAGAAUUGCUUUUGUACGGAAGAACAAAACCCUAAAUGCUUGUUUUAGGUGAGUUGGCUCUUGUUUGCUAGCUGCAGCUCUAAGGAAAUCAUUAUUACUUGGGCGGAGCGCCAAGUAGAGGAUUCGCGACGUUCAGGAAUGUCCUAAACUUGCUUCUUUUCGACAAGAUUGGGCACGCAAAGUCCGUGAGUUUUCGGUUUGAGUCGGCUAUUUGACGAAGUGAUGUCGGGAUUAGUUCGUGAUACCUCGAGAUCAUUUCGAGUUCUUUUAUUUAUUUUUUAAUUUUUCCAGGAAGAAAUAAUUGUUAUUUUUGGCUUGCCCGGAGUUUGAACCGACUUACCUGCGACCCGUCAGAUCAGAUGAGACUCUAAGGGUGCGUUCCUUUGAGAUGAUCCCGAUCAGGAUCAGUGAUCCGAGAUCACUCGGAUCAUGGUAGAUCAAAUGAACCGAUGAAUCCACUCUGGACAAGGAUUCAUCGGUUCAUUUGAUCUACGAUGAUCCAAGUGAUCUCGGAUCGCUGAUCCUGAUCCGGAUCAUCCCAAAGGAACCCACCCUAAAUUGAGGGAUUAGCCGAUUGUGUCACUGCGACCCAAGGUAGUUUGUAAUGUGAAAAUUAGCUAUAAUAUCGUGCACUAGUGGUCCUCGUGCGGGAAAUGGAAGAAAAGGGACAAAAAUAAUCGCUUGGUUGAAUUGAAAAUGAUUGAAACGAUAAAUAUUUUAAAAGGAGCAAGUGGCGAAAAUUACCUGGUUUGCCGCUAUCUUGACUUUUUGAUUUUAUUAAUUCAACGAUGGCCACAAUGGCUACAAGCGUUGCUUCGCUUUCUUCGCAGCAAAAAAAGGCAAAGAUCAAUCAUUUGUGGUCUUCUGAAAUUAUCAAGGAAGGGCUUUGAAGAUUUAUUUUUGUUUGCAUGCUGCGUGGAACGAAUUUUUCGUCGUGUCGCAUCCGUAGGCCAAAAAUGAAUUGGGCAACCUUCCAAGUUAUGACGCAACUUUAACCGCUGACUUAGGAUAUUGUAGUCUCGUUUUCCCAUUUAGUUCAACGUGACGCGUUUGGAUAUCUUGGCGAGGAUGGACAGUCUUUUGAGUUUUUUAUCUUUUCUUCUCAUUUUACCAGGCACAUCUUUCUCCAAAUAUUGAGUUGUUUUGAAAGGUUUUGAUAGGAUUGGAAAGGUGAUCGUUAGAAUAUCAAUGUGUUUGUAUCUUGCACGGAGCAGCCGUCAGUCUUUGAGAACAUUUAUCGUUUACAUCACAGCUUUUUCAAUGGAAAGGGCCAGAAUAAUUUGUGUGUUUCGUUUUCGUUAAUAUCAUUUAUUUAUUUUAAUUUUGACCCCAACAUCAAACAAAACAUUAGCCAAUUUCAUGAUCAACGUAAUUGACGCCUUACCCAUGCCUUAUACAUCUUUAAUCAGUACAUCAGACUGAUAUACUCUUUCUUUUUGAAGCCUAGUGUAAAAAACGAGUAGAGAACUCUUUUUUCACCGUUUUUAUUGUUAUUCACCACCAGUAACCUCAUAUUGUCUUAGAGGACUCCUAUUUUUGUAAGAGUUAUUGACAUCUCGUAAGUGUGGGUCAUGAAAGUGGACAGGACUGUGUGACAGUGUUUAACAUUAUACAAAAUUAUGGCGAUAAGCAUUUUCAGCAUUUUAAUUCAACACAGAGAUACUUUUUAGUUUGGAAGGUUUUUAAGCUAGAAACGGAACGAUUUCUUUCGAUAUCUGGAGAUAAUCUCGCAAGUGAUUAGAAUUGACGGGUCUGGCUGCAGACAAGAGUAUGAGCAAUUUUGUCCGCUCUUGCUCUUAUGUCGAGAGCCAAGAGAUAUCAGCACUUCACAAAUGCUUUUGGGGGAAUGGGUACGCUUUGACAAUUGACUGAGCCAUCAUUAUGACGAUGCAACUAUCUCUCAGAAGAAUGAAAACCGUCACAGCCUGCUAGCAAGCUCUCCAUUUAAGGGAUAUCGAGAGAAAUCACUUGCGAGUGGUACACGAAAGGAGAUGCGGAAGCAAGGUGCGGGGAAAGAAUGUGAGAGCUCUUAGUUCCCUCCGCCCCUCACGUCUUCGCCGCUCAAUCGCGCGUUCGCUUGCCACUGGGAAUGGAGAGGUUGCUCUCAGUCCAUAACAUUUCUUGGUAGUCGUGCGCGUUCGCUAUUCGGUGAGCCAGUUUACGUUCGGAAUUGCGAGAAAAAAUUUAAGCAAAUUACCAUACUUAGUAACGUCCACUUUAGCUUCCCGUCUUCUUGUUCACCCAUUUUUGCGGCACUUACACGUGCUUGACACAAAAAGUCCUCACGUAAGCGUGAUGCAAUGACGCCCAAGUGUACGCUCCGAUAGUGUCUUGUUUUGGUUUAGUUUUCAACUAUAAUAGUAAAUAGCAAAAAUUGUACAAGAACCAAAUCCUGAAUGAAUGAAAAAAAUUCAUGUUGUCAUUGGUGAUUGUUUUGUUGUUGUUGUUGUUGCUGCUGAAAGUUUAUUUGUAGAUUUGUACAUACAAUAAUUGACAUGGAUACAUAAAUCUGUAGCUCUAAUCUUGACAAGGGACGUACAGUACAGGAUUUGGAUAAAUGAUAAGCAGUUUUGAUGAGAUUGAGCGCCUCAGGCUUAGAGAGAGGAGUGUUUCGAAGAACAAGCGAAGCAACGGUGAUUCUUUUAAACAUCGACUGGUAUAAAAUAAUACAUGUACCUGAUAACCUGGAUCAUUUCUAAGGCAUUACGGUCUGUAGAAAACAAACAAACCUUUGCUGCUGCUGUUAAUUCAAGCACGUCAUAUUGUAUGAAUAAUAUUGUCCAGUAAAUGGUGCGCUCAUUUUAAUCACUAUUAGCAUGUAAUCACAUUAUUUGUUCUUUCGUUAACAGUUCAAGAGCUGUUACAGAAAUGUUGGAGAAAAACUACAAGAUUCACUGCUCAUUGAACGAUAUAGUAAGCAAUUUCUAAGAGUAAACUUGUUUGUUCGAUUUUUUUUUUUCAUUGUACUUAAAAGGUUUUUCUUGCACAUUAAUGCAUUUGCUCUAGCAGAGGAAAAAUUACCACUGUUUUAUUUUAGAAGAGGGCUGGUGGGCCUAUAGUAAGAGAGACUUAUGGCACCGGAAAUCCAAAAUGUUUUGCAAAAAAUGUUUAUCUUUCAAACUGGUUAUAAGGAGGCAUUAGAGCGCUGGACGAGCAAUUCACUAAACAAGCAUUCCCCUAUGAUCGCUAGCUCGAUUUGUUCACGGCAGUCCAGAGUUCAACUCCUAGACCACGCUUGUCAAUAGCCAACUGGUUUGUCUUCAACCAACUAGGAUUCUUAACCACGUUGAUUGUUGCCUUUAAAUUAUUUGUUUCAGUCCUUUUCUCUGCCUCAUUAAUGGCCAGAGGGUAAAUAAUGGAAUUGUUAUCGUUCUUAUUAUAUCCUUUUCAAAUCGUAACUUACGAAAUUCCUUCACAGAAAUCACUUCCAAAUUAUAGAUAUAAGCUUCCAAACGAUGAGAACGUAAGUUUCUUUCAAAGUGGCGAAUCGUAUGUCGUAAACGUGUUUAAAAAACUUGCAAAUUAACUUCGUAUUAAAGAAAAAAAAAUUCAUUCUAUCCUUUUAGAUGGUUGAUGCGGAUUUUGAUAUCAAAGAACAAGUCCAAAAGCUGUUAACAGAAGGAGGUUAUGACAAAAUGCGCGCCCGUACGAUGGACAUGGACGAUUUCCUUGGGUGAGUACAAUGACGAGACCUUUAAGACAUAAACAACAAACUAGAUAUAAUCUAUUUAUGACCAAAACGUACAAGAAAGAAAGUCGUAUGAUAUGACAGAAGAAUUCCCUCAACUCACAUCAAACUGAAUGCGACUUUUGUACCACCUACUGCGAAGUCACUGUCCUCUCCAGGGUAAGGCCAAAAAAUAUAUUGAAUAGCACUGGCUUUUUUCCCAUGUAUUUACUUUCAUGGGCAUUUUCGGUCAUCCCAAGAUUGGAGGUAUGUAACUCACUCCCCUUCGCCAUACUUCCUUCCCUCCGCAAUCCACACAAUUAUCAUUCUUUCUUUUCUCUUAUUUUUUGUCGUUUAUGCAAAUUUACAUUAUUUUCAUCAUUCUUUGCCUGCCAAUUCUUCUCUUUCCUCCCCUCCCCCUCUCUUUCCUUUCUCUUCCCUUUCUUAAGUCCACUCCCCUCCUUUUUUUCCUCCCCACUUCCCACCCGUUUCUCCUCUUAUUUCUUCUUUUCCUCGGGUAGAAUGAUUCUAGAAACCGUUGUUCUUAUAUGUUGUUUUUUAAUGUUUUAUAAUUUAAGUAAAUGACGCUUCAUUUUGAUUUUCAGGCUUUUACACCUCUUCAAUUCCAACGGGAUUCACUUUACGUGAUACCAUCUUAUGAUUGCCAUUUGCUGUGGUUAUGUACGACAACGCUGCGUGUAUCAGUUACCAUAGCCGUGAAAUUGCUUUCAGUCAGGCUAAAGUGAACAGUGUACCUUAUACAUACAAAUAAAUGGCUUUAUUUGUCUUUCCAGUGCUCCGUAAACCUGUUAUUUUUAUUCUUCUUAAAAUUAUAUGUAAUACUCAGUCAGUGAGUAUCGUACUUUGUUAAAGGAUUAUGGAUAAGCACUUGAACUAGAACACAGUAGAACACUCUUUACUGCUGUAUUUAUCCAUAUUUGGGAGAAGUGCUUGGUGAUAGCAUUUUAUUAAGAUUAACGACUGGAGGUCGGAACAGUAUUUGAUUUGUCUACCAUCAAAGCAGGCCUUAGUGUGGCCGUCGUAGUUGUUUGUCUGUGUGCGGUACUUUAUCUCCUACAUCUGUAUUGGUUUGUCCUAAAUGUAAUAAAUAAAUGUGCUCUUUUCCUUCUCUCCGCCCUCCUCGGGAAAUAAAGAACCAAAUUUAACCUUUUCCGUUGAAGUAGUAAUUCAGUUAAAACUAAAAUUAAGCCACAGCCGACCCAAGAACCAGCUACGCUUGUGUAUACAUGUCCAACGACGUGCAAUGACCGUGGUUUUUUUACAACUAAAUAUAUGGUCAAAUUACCUAUAUCAAUUGAGAUCAAAUUAAAUUAAUUUACUGAAACAAGGGGAAUUUAAAGUUGGGGUAUUUUUUAGUAA